GAAGAUUGGGCUCACAAAAAAUCUAACCCAUGUUAUUUUUACUUCGUUCAGGCUCCUUGUAUCUAAACUUCGAAAUAAACAUCAACGAAAAAAUAUUUAGAUUCAAUUAUGACAAAUAAUCCAGAUCAUAUUUUAUUAUUUUGUGGAAAAAGAAAAUCAGGGAAAGAUUAUAUUACUGAUAAUUUACAUAAAAGGCUUGGUGAAAAAAGUGUUAUCGUUAAACUUUCGGGUCCCAUAAAAAGUCAUUGGGCAAAAUCAUUCAAUUUAGACAUGAAUCAAUUACUUAGUGACGGAGAGUAUAAAGAAAAGUAUAGGCUCGAAAUGAUAAAAUGGGGCGAAGAUAAAAGACGUGAAGAUAACGGUUAUUUUUGUAAAGCAGCUAUUGAAAUGUAUAAUGCUUUUUUACCAAGUAAAAAAAUCUGGAUAAUCAGUGACGUUAGACGUAAAACGGACAUUAAAUGGUUUAAAGAAGUAUAUGGAGAACUUUGUAAAACUAUCCGAAUCAAAUGUAAUGACGACAUAAGAUCUCAGCGAGGGUGGAAAUUUACACCAGGCAUUGACGAUUGCGAAACUGAAUGCGAUUUAGAUGAUAUAAAUGAAUGGGAUUUAGAAAUAACUAAUGAGCGUGGUGACUUGGAUGAUAUUAUAGCAAAUAUUAUUCGAAUUAUUAAUUAA